CGGGCUCAAUGUCCGAAGCAACAUGGCUUCCAAAAAAUUGCGGAAUUUUUAAAAUUUGUCCCUUUAUUUUCUUGUGUUUUCUUCGUUAUUUACGCUUUACAUGUCCUAUUUUUAAUUUGAUCUUGUGUGUCUGUAUUCAAUUGUUGAAAUAUGCCCAAGAAAAAGACGGGGGCUCGUAAGAAAGCCGAGAAACAACGCGAAAGGCAGAAGGGAAUCAAAAAUUCAAAACAAACGAGAAACAUUGUUGAACUACCUUGUAACUUUCAAAUGGUAGGUGUUUAUCUCUCUGUUUUGUGGUCUACGAAGUGUUUUUGUUUAUAGUGUACUUAUUUUGCCGUGUUUUCUCUUUCCAGGAAUGCGACAAGUGUCAAAUGUAAGUGACUUACAAAGUGAACUGAAACUAAUGAGUAAUGACCAAGGGGCCACGUCCAUAUUCAUGUUACCACGCAAAACGUCAAAUUGACGUUUUGACUCACACAAAAUGCAAACAAAUCUUUUUGUUUUGUUAUCAAGUCACCAUCUUGGGAAACCAAAAAAUACCCGCGCGGCGGAUAAAAAUUUCCACUGAAAUAUUUUUGGGGAAUUUUUCACAAUUUCAACGGUAAAGCACUUGGAAACAAAUUUUGGCGGAAAGAUAAGGGCGAGUAUAAAAUAUAAGUGCAAAAAGUCCACAAAAACGUAAGUUCUAAUAAACUUUUAUGUUGCCACGGUGAAAAUGUCACACCAUUAAAAAAUAUACCUACCCACCCACCCAAAAUGUCAAUUUGACAUUUUGUGUGGCAACAUGAAUAUGGAUGUGGCCCCCAACCGCACUGGAAAAUUUGGAAAUUACUCACUCGAGAUUUCAAAAAUUUAAUAGUAAAUUUCAGAAGAUUUGUAUCACAUGAGCAGAAUCUCGAAUGAAAUUAUAUAGAUAUAUAAAAAUCAGGGCUUGAAAAAUAAGGUUUCCAAAAUUCCCAAUCAUGGUGAUUGGCAGUCAUGACUUUUCUGAAUAAAAAUCCUGCUUUUCUGCCGAUCUUAACCAAUUCAUGCUGAUCAUUGAUCGGUGUUCGAACCCUGAAAAUGUAAAAUUUCCCUUGAAGUUUGCAGCUAAUAAUGAUGAGAUGACAUUUUCUAUCAGUCCAAUAACAACAGUUAAAUUUAUAGUUGCUGGCUAGCACUAAAGCCUGUAGCAACUUUAAAUGCAAAUUACAAGUUGAGAUAUUCAAAAAAAAGUUUUCCAAAGUUUAUUUAGUUUUUGUUAUGCUGGUAUGUUUAUAUAGGCGCCAGAAGAAUAGAGCCUUCUGCUAUUUCUGUUCAGCCAUUCAGAAGCUUCCCAUUUGUGCUGAAUGUGGUAAAGUAUUUUAAAAUAUAUUUCCUAGAUCCUACUGUAUUCACUGAAUGCAGAAUCUACUAUAUGUCUAUAUUAUAUAGUGGUCAGUGGCAGAAACUCAGUUUUUCCAGGGGGGGGGGGCAAAGCCUCCUAAAUUUCUGACAAUACUUUAAAAUUUCUGACAACCCCCCCCCCCAUUUGCACUCUUAGGUCAAAAUUUUGCCCCCAUCCCCCGCCCGACCGAGAUUUCCGCCACUGAGUGUGGUGCUGAUGAGUUCAUACUUUUGUUAGGAAAGUCAAAGUGUAUGUCAAAAACUGGUGAUUGUAUUGUCAAACAUCCAAACUCUCAUGCUGUAGGGAUGGGAAUGGUUGUAAGUUGACUGCUUUUUAAUUUUUGUUUCAUUCUUCUGGUAAUAUGGCUAAAUUAUUAUGAAUACUUUUAAAUUAAAUGACAUGAGGUCACAAUUUCACAUCACAUGUCACAUGAGGUCACAAUCUCAUGAUAUGAUAUCACAUGAUCUGUCACAUUACAUGUCACAUGAUAUGGUGUUACAUGUCACAUGAUGAGGUGUUGCAUGUCACAUGAUAUGGUGUUACAGGUCAUAUGAUAUGGUGUUACAUGUCACAUGAUGAGGUGUUACAUGUCACAUGAUGAGGUGUUACAUGUCACAUGAUAUGGUGGUACAUGUCACAUGAUAUGGUGUUACAUGUCACAUGAUGAGGUGUUACAUGUCACAUGAUAUGGUGGUACAUGUCACAUGAUGAGGUGUUACAUGUCACAUGAUAUGGUGUUACAUGUCACAUGAUGAGGUGUUACAGGUCAUAUGAUAUGGUGGUACAUGUCACAUGAUGAGGUGUUACAUGUCACAUGAUAUGGUGGUACAUGUCACAUGAUGAGGUGUUACAUGUCACAUGAUAUGGUGUUACAUGUCACAUGAUAUGGUGUUACAUGUCACAUGAUAUGGUGUUACAUGUCACAUGAUAUGGUGUUACAUGUCACAUGAUAUGGUGUUACAUGUCACAUGAUAUGGUGUUACAUGUCACAUGAUAUGGUGGUACAUGUCACAUGAUGAGGUGUUACAUGUCACAUGAUAUGGUGGUACAUGUCACAUGAUGAGGUGGUACAUGUCACAUGAUAUGGUGUUACAUGUCACAUGAUAUGGUGUUACAGGUCACAUGAUAUGGUGUUACAUGUCACAUGAUGAGGUGUUACAUGUCACAUGAUAUGGUGUUACAUGUCACAUGAUGAGAUCACAUGAUAUGUCACAUGAUAUGGUGGUACAUCAUAUGAUAUCACAUGAUGUGGUGUGACCCUCAUGUGUGAUGUCACAUUACAUGUGUCACAUGAUGAUGUUGCAUGAUAUAAUGUCACAGGAUAUGAUGCAACAAGAUAUGAUGCAACAUUACAUGUAUCAGAUGAUAUGAUGUCACAUGACAUGUAUCACAUGAUAUAUGAUGUCACAUUACAUGUGUCAUAUGAUGAUGUCACAUAAUAUGUCACAUGGCAUGGUGUCACAUGAUAUAAUGUCACAGGAUAUGAUGCAACAAGAUAUGAUGCAACAUUACAUGACAUCUCACAUGACAUGAAGCAGGGCUCGAAAUAGCGGGCUGCCAAUGGCCAAAAGCAGGCCAUAUUUUAGAAAUGGCAGGCAAAAACAAAUUUGAACUGCCAAGUAAAAUAAUGGCAGGUGAAAUUCUAUGGAUAUAUUUCAUUUCAUUUGCUUACCACAACUCACAUAUAUUAGAUCAUUUAGUUAACUAAAUACAUUUAUAUUUGAAAUUUAAAUCCAAGUUUACUGUAGUAAAAUAGACAAGUUUAAAAACAAUAGAAAUGCAUAUCAUGAAAACAUUGAUUUUUACAAGAGGACUCAUAUAAGACAUGGCCAUUUUGGCAGUUCAAUGAAUACUGAAAUGACAGGCUAAAAUUUAUUUCACCUGCCAAAAAAUUUUAGACUGGCAGGCCAUAUUUUUUCUCUACUUUGAGCCCCGCAUGAAGUCGCAUCAUCACAUGUCGCGUCACAUGGUAACGUUUCCUAUUUGUUCUUAGGGUGCCAUAUGCGAUUUUUGUGAAGCAUUUGUGUGUCAUGCCAAGAAAUGUCUUACAACGCAUGCGUGUGAAUGUGUUGCUCGUGAUGGUGAUUGCAUUGAAUGUCAGCGUGGUGUAUGGGAUCAUGGUAGGUUGUCAUGUUUCCCAAAUUUUAAAUAACUUGAAUUGGCAGACACUAGAAGAUAGGCGAAUGAAACAAAGAUCUUGUCUAAUGUUCAAAGUGUACCACAAAUUAGGUCCAUCUUAUCUUUCACAGCCAUUUAAUCGAGCGAAUUUAAUUCACAGUCAUGGUACACGAGGUCAUGAGUCAUGACUACAAUUUUGUUAUCCCUAAACCAAACACCAAUUUUUUGAAAAAUAGUCUCGUCGAAUAUAACGGAGCAGUGGUAUGGAAUUCAAUACCAAUUGAAAUUAGGAAUUCCACUUCCCUAAAAAUAUUCAAAAAUAAACUGUAGAAUUACUUUGUUAUGUAUAUAGCUUUAAUUUCUCACUCUCCUUGUAAAUAUUGUAAAUAAUUCAAAUGUCACGGCGCCUGGGAAGAUCAUCUUAUUUUCGAUGACAGGCCUCCGUGCCUAAAUAAAGUUCACUAUCACUGUCAGAGACUGUUAGCAAUGCAAGAAUCAAUAAAAGACAAUAAGACAUCGGUUUCUCUACAUGUUGGCGCGGUUAUUCUUCUUAACAGGUGAAGUCAAGAUUUUUAUUAAGAGGAGAUGUUUUUGUAUGUUACGUAACACGCGCUCAAAACCAAUGCGUAUAAUAUACCACUUGUGGUUAGGCCAAAUAAAAAUAAUAGUUGGUUUCAGGUUUCACAGCCAUGUUUUAUAUGGGUAGGUAGGUCGGAAAAACAUUUUAUUUUAAAAAAGUAUUUUAUCUCAAGUAUGCAAUAAAUAUAAGAUAAAUCUCAUUAUAAACUCUUAGUUUUUAUUGUUUUAACGUCAGGUUUUCACCUGCAUACAUAUAAAACUUGACAUGCAAGGAAACGAGCAGCAACUAAAUAUUUAAUGUCAACAAUGUUCAGUCUAAACGUUUAAAUGUCAAUAAAAUGUUUAUGGUCGUUCAUAUUUUUGACAGGUCGGUCGGAAACCUGAAACCAACUAUUAUUUUUAUUUGGCCUUAUGACUAAAUUCAAAAUUUUUAUUUUUCGAUACGUUUCUCAAUCGGCAAACGAACUUAAAAAGUAUGUUUAGUGCUUUAUCUGUAAAAUAAUACUAAAAUGAAGAGAUUUUAGAUGAUACGCCAAAGAGAAAAUGAUGUCUGAAGUUCAGUAAGUUUUGCUUAUAUGGCUGCAAAUAUGGCGUCAAUUUUAAAGCAUCAUUGAUAAUUGUAUUUUAAUUGACAAUUUUUAACUAUUAUUUUAUGUUUCUCAACUGGCAGAUGCAUUUAAAAAGGUUGCUAACUGUAUAAACUAGAGAAUAAAGCUAAAACAAAGUAAUUUUGAGAGGAACGCCAAAAAGAUUUUAGGUUCUGAACACUUUUCAUUGUAAAUACGUGACAUCGAAGAAAAUUGCCUCUUAAAUAAAUUGUAUAUUGUACACACGUAAAACGCACAAGUUGUAACAAACCUGCAACAAACUUGUAACAAUGCUGUUCCAACAACUUGUCAACAGGAUUUGUUCACACUCCUUGUUCCCAGUUUGUUGACGGCUCGUUGACAACUUGCUACAAGGUUGUUGAGCUCAAUAGACAAUUUGUUAUCGUCCUGCAAUUCAACAACUUGUCAACAAGUUGUGAGUGACAACCUUGUAGCUACUUGAUAAAAUAACAGCAUUGUUAGAACUUGUUGACAAGUUUGCUACAAGCCUGUUGCGAGCACAUCUUGUUAACAAGUUGUGUGAGAUUUUUACGUGUGUUCGUUACAUUGUAUCCGUUUCCUUUUCAGGUGGUAGGAUAUUCCGUUGUUCAUUUUGUAGCAACUCGCUCUGUGAAGAUGAUCAGUUUGAACAUCAAGCAAAAUGUCAAGUGCUGGAGUCGGAAGAUUACAAAUGUAGGUUGCCUUUUUGCUCUUCAGUUGUGUGCGUAUCUGAAAUGGGCAAUUCCAGCUAUAUAGACUCAAUUUUGAUCUAGGCAAGAAGAACAAAAUCCAUAUGGCACCACAGCUAGAAAGAGCAUGUUAAAAUUAGUAUAUAGCCCUAUGGAAUUUGCAAAUUUUUUACUAUUAAUUUGUAUUACGCAGCACGGGAAAAUGCACCACUUUCGGCCAAAUGUGGUGCAUUUUCCCGCGCGUAAUACAAAUUAAUACAAAAUUUGCAAAUUUCGCAGGGCUAUAUUUUCCGCAUUUUACAACAUUUCGCGACCAAACUGUGCAAUUUUGCUAAUUUUAACAUGCUCUUUCUAGCUGUGGUGCCUAGAUCAAAAUUUAGUCUAUAGGUGGAAUUACCUAUUGAUGUUUUGUCACAUACAGUGUUAUUGAUUCUGUUGUUUAGGUGGAUCUUGCAACAAAUUAGGACAAUACUCGUGCCUUCGAUGCAAGGUGGGUAAACAAAAUUUUAUUUUGCCAAAACAUAGUAUCUUUGUGAUUAUAUACCCAAAAAAUCAUUUCAGUUACCUUCAAAUACUAUGAUAUGAUUGUUGAAAAAUGAAAACGAGUUCUACAGAGUUUUUGAUCGUUUUCUAUUCUCCUUUCAUAGCUGUGCUUCUGUGAAGAUCAUGUUCGUCGCAAGGGUGUGAAAUACAAGCGUGGUGAAGAAAUCCCAUGCCCUAAAUGUGGUUUUCAAACAAGUGCUACCAAAGAUCUUAGCAUGUCGAGUAAGUACUCAAAUGGCCAGUUCCUGUGUCUCUCACCUGACCUGAAAACAACCGACCCUGAAAACACCGAUCUUGUAAGUGAACCAGUUUUUCAGACUCGUUUGUUUUCAGGCUCGGUACUUUCAGGCUUGGUUGUUUUCAGGCUCGGUGUUUCCAGGGUUGGAUGUAUUCAGGGUUGGUUGUUUUCAGGGUUGUUUGUUUUCAGGGUCGGUUGUUUUCAGGGUCGGUUGUUUUCAGGGUGGUUGUUUUCAGGGUCGGUUGUUUUCGGGGUCGGUUGUUUUCAGGGUCGGUUGUUUUCAGGGUUGGUUGUUUUCGGGGUCGGUUGUUUUCAGGGUCGGUUGUUUGCAGGGUCGGUUGUUUUCAGGCUCGGUUAUUUUCAAGGUCGGUUAUUUUCAAGGUCGGUUGUUUUCAGGGUCGGUUGUUUUCAGGGUCGGUUGUUUGCAGGGUCGGUUGUUUUCAGGCUCGGUUAUUUUCAAGGUCGGUUGUUUGCAGGGUCGGUUGUUUUCAGGGUGAAAAACACAUGCAAUGUGAAUCACAAUACGUGAAUACUGACACUUGGAAACAAUAUUUUAACAUUUAUGAUUUAUUUAACUGUAGCUCGUCGCAUGGAUUACGGUCGACACGCGACGGGCAAUUACGAAUGAUGACGCGUCCUACUCUGGUUUCUAUGGUUACGGUGGUUAUACCUAUGGUGAGGAAGAUGAAGACGAUGAGGAAUCUGAAGAUGAUGAAGUGGAAGUUGACGAGGAAAAUGACGAAAAAGAGGGAAGCGAAGUGGAAGGUGAGCUUGAACGUUGUUGUGAAGACGAUCAAGUUGAAAAUGUUCUCUUAGGCUCUUUAGAGAAAACAAAAAUUUAAAAAUUUAAAGUUUUAAAACUCGAACGCAAUACAAAUUGCUUUCAUCGAACUAAGUAGUGUUACCAUGUAUGAACAGUAUUAUACAUUGUAUUGACAAAGAACCACAACACGCGGUCGUCCGUGAUGUCUACAUUGAUUGUAUUUGGCAACUUGCUUAAACGGACUCUUACCUCUUCAAAAAUGCAACAUUCGUUUAUUCCCAAACUAAGUUCGCACGGAAUAAACGCUACUAUAGUAGUAUACACCUAUUAUAGACUAAUUCUAAUUUUAAGACUAAUUCCCAUUAUAGACUACACCUAUUAUAGACUAACUCUAAUUUUAAGACUAAUUCCCAUUAUAGACUAAUUUUAAAACUAGGUAUGGCGAUGCAAAUAAAUCACCACAGCUAGAAAGAACAUACUAAAAUUAGUAAAAUUGCAAAGUUUGGUUGCGAAAUGUUGUAAAAUGCGGAAUAUAUAGCCUUGCAAAUUUUGUAUACUUUUGUAUUGCGUGGGAAAUUCAACUACCAUUUUCGGCCCAAAUGUGGUAGCUAUUCGAUGGAAAUUUUUUCCAAAGACCCGGACAAUUUUAUGAUUAAUUGCGCAUGAUCGUUAUGAACUUGGUUUUACGGAUGUUUUUACCAAGAUAAUAGAUUAUUUUUGGAAAAAAUAGCAUAAUUUAUAGUGCUGAAUUAUAGCUUUCAUAAAACAUCGUAAAGUAAUACACCUUUGGCUUUGUAAAUCUAAUGAGUCGACAACGCGCCAUCUUGCGAAGAAAACUUUAGAAGCACAAGAUAAAAAUAGCAUAAUUCAUACACGGGGAUAAACAUUGUUUUGAUUUUGCGCCUGAAAUACGCAUGCGUUUGCCUGCCAAUAAGCGCGCACAUGCUAUUUUGAAUGCUUUAGCACGCUUGAGUUGUGCUGGGUUUUUUUACAUGUCAGCGCAUACUAGCAGGCAAAUAUACAUAAAAUCUGUAAACAAUGUUUUCCUGUCUAUAGUGCUCAAUGAUGACUUUUAGAAAACAACAUGAUAUAAUAAUACGCCUUUGUAACUCGAAUGAGUUUGCGUCAUGUUGUCAAUAACCUGCCUUCUCGCCAUGCAUCAAAACCGUUCACAAGCUUAUUUAGAAUUUUUAACUAUACAUGACUAGACGUCAUGUAUCAUUAAUUAAAAUGCACAAGCGCAAGUGUCGCUAGCAGACACCUCAGUUAAAUUCUGCACGCACAUUUUAAAUUUCUGACUUAAGUGAGAUUCUUUUUUGCAAUGCUGCAGUUUUUUUUUAUUUUGACAUGCACACUAUAAUUAGAAAAAAAAACAAUUCAAGUACAUUUCUAAUAUAUGCUUCCUAAACGUUGAGUGCGUCCUCCUAUACGCCUAUGUAUUCCAUACAAGCAUUUAAUGAACUGUUUUAAUCCUCCAUGACAAUAAGCCACUAAUAACGAGCUUAAACAUUGUUAUAUAGUUGCCAUUUAAUUAAGUUGUAUGAGGCCAGCGCCUUAAAUCGUGCUUCAAUACCUUUGAACUGACAAUCAACAACAAUUAUAGGCACCUGUGGUUCUGCUUGUUUUCUUUCACAGCUCGCCAUACUAUUGUCGCAUGACACGCCAAGGAAAGGGGGCGUUUUGUGAGUAAGAUUAGAUUAUAUAAUGUACAAAAAUUCAAGUCACAAAAUCAUAAAUUUUGUUUAAAGGAUUCUCUAACUCAUGAACACAAACAAUAGUCACUCAUGACAAUUUGACUUGUUUUACUUAACAUUGUUUGUCAUGAGCUUUGUGUUUGUGAACGGCUAACACUUACUAUAGAUGCCGCGUUUAUACUUUCUUUAAUGAACUUUGAUGUGGACAGACUAAUUAUAAGUCCAUUAGUCUGGCGUUGGAAUAAAGUAUAUCUUAGAGAGACGAAAGGAUUAACUUGUUAAAUUUUAAAACUUGUCAAAUUUUGACAUUCGUUUCGAAAAUGCACAGUAAAUUUUCGAACACAUACAAAGUCCGCAAUACUCUUCGCAUUCAGAUUCUUUUCAUGGAUCGUUAAAAUGUUGUAUAUAUAAUUUUUACUGAAUUUAACUAUAUGCUGUUGUUAAUUAAACAAUUAUUAGCAGUCGUCCGGUAGUAAGGGUUAUUUAUACAUAUUAAAAUAUAUUUUGC